AAAAGAGAUUUGUGAAUUGUGAAAGUGAGCUUUUGUUUGACUGUGAAAAUAACGUAAUUUUUAUAUGAUUGUAACUAGAAAAGUGUAUUUACCAAGUGUUUAAAAAUGAGUGAGAGUUACAGAAUGAAGACUGGAUAUAAUCAUUCAGAACUAUCAGUGGAAACAUCUAGUGACAUGUCAGAUUCUUUCAAUAUGUUUUCGAGCAAUUUAAGUCCUAUACCACCAACGUUAUUAUUGCCUAGGAAAUUGGAUUUUAACAGUUUGGACGAUGAUGAUUGUGGCAGGAAAGCUUCAACAGCACCAAUGUCUUUCAGCCCACCUUAUAAGCGAGUUGGUGCCUUGACUCUAUUCGACAGUCCGCGUACACCGAAGACCUUACUUGAGAAAUGUUCAACACCAUCUAUCAAUCGCUCUAGGAUUCGUUUGUUCCCACCGAAACUUGAGAUUCCGGCGGGCAUGCCGUCUGGCUCCAGCCAUCACCUUCAUCCACCAUCUAAUCAACCAACUAUGGAUGAAGACAGUGCCUUUAUAAGCAUAGCCCCUGAGGAUAUUGAGGAACCGAAGCCUCGGAAACAACCUUUGGUCAACAUCAAUCCUUUUACACCUGAUGGUCAAGCUAUGAACAAGAAGAAACGAGCCUUGUCUAAAACUCCUAAUGCUGAUUCAACACCUGAGAAUCCAGCGAAAAGACUAAGGGAAUCGAACAUAUCCCGCUACAACGUGGAGUUCCAAGAGCUUGGAGUGAUCGGAUGCGGCUCUUUCGGCCGCGUAACUAAAUGCCUGAACAAGCUGGACGGGUGCGUGUACGCACUGAAACGCUCGCUGCGUCCGGUCGCGGGCUCGUACGCCGAGAGGGCGGCCAUUACCGAGGUGUAUGCGCACGCUGCGCUUGGGAAGCAUCCGCACGUUGUCAGAUAUUACUCGGCCUGGGCAGAGGAUGAUCAUAUGAUCAUUCAGAAUGAAUACUGCGAUGGUGGUUCCUUACAACAGAAAAUGGAACAUGGGCCGCUACCCGAAAGUGAAUUGUUGCUACUUUUGGCCCAUAUCAGUGACGGAUUGUCAUAUAUUCACUCCAUGCACCUUGUACACAUGGACUUGAAGCCUGGAAAUAUAUUCAUUUGUCGAGAGGAAGUGACGUCACACACCGAUUCAGAUGACGGAUAUGACGAUGAUGAUGCGCCGAAUAGACCAAGCAGACAUAAAUAUAAAAUUGGUGACUUAGGCCAUGUGACGUGUAUAUCAUCACCGUCGGUGGAAGAGGGAGAUUGCAGAUACUUGCCCAAGGAAAUACUCCAAGAGAAUUUUAAUCACCUCACCAAGGCCGAUAUAUUUGCUUUUGGUCUAACCCUCUUCGAAGCUGCAGGUGGUGGUCCCUUACCCAAAAAUGGUCAAGAAUGGCAUGAUAUUAGAGACGGUAAAUUACCAGACUUGCCUAAAGUGUCUCGGGAAUUCAAUGAAUUAUUGAAGAAAAUGGUGGAUCCGAACCCCUUAAACCGUCCAACAGCGGCUCGUUUGCGUCGUCACUCUCUUCUCCACUCGUCCAGCAACAAGAGUAAAGAGCAGUUGCGUAGAGAGUUGGCUGAGGCGAAACUCAAGAACGAGCUGCUCAAUAGCCAGCUCGAGCAGGCUGCAAGAUGCAUAAAAUCUCUAACACCAAACUUGCAAAGUCAAGAAUCGGCUAAAUUCCGCACGCGAGCCUCUAAACGCUUACACACACGUGCCGAGAAUAUUGAUGAGGUUAUCCGGUCUGUGACGUCACCGUUUCUCAACCGGAUUUUACCCGCUAAGAAUACCCGGGAAACAAGAUGUAUAAAAUCGUUAACACCCAGCCAAGACACGAACUUCCGCACUCGUGCCUCCAAACGCUUGCAACCCCGAGGGGCUGACAUCGAAGAUAUUCGGACAGUGACGUCACCAAGACGGUUAUGUGGUACCGUAGCGGCCAGGAAGCAGGGUAAAAGGAUUUAACAUCCAGAAUAUUGUUUUAAAGUAUAUUUCAAGAUGUAUAAAUGUUUAGUAUAUAAGGACUAUUUCAAGUAUCAAAAUUAGUAUUGUAAAUGACGUCACAUAUGGGUGGUGGUUUUAGUUCGUAUCUCAAGUCGCAAUCUUGUCUUGAGUCCUGUCUUACAGAAUUUAUGCGUCGACAGCUCUUGAAACUAGAUGUAAGUUUAAUAGAAUACUGGCCAUAGAUACAAAAAAGUUAAUAAUCAAAAUUCCUGUUUUUUAUGACAUCUGAGAUGAUAUGAACAAAGAUUAAAAACGAUGUAAAUUUAAUGCUCUGUGCAUUAGCAGAACGUUUAAGAAUCAUAUCUUUUAAUUACAAAAUAUUACCCAAAGUAUCAAAACUUGUUGUGUUACCUUAAUGUGACGUCCCAAGGAAUUCGAUAAAUAGCAGGUGAUUUUAAUUAAUAGCAAUUUUCACUGCUAUAUAUAUGGACAUAUAAAACUUUGGCUUACAUUUAAAAUAGAUGGCAAUACAUGGAUUUUGCCGUAAUAAAUGGUGCGUAAAUAAUAUACAGAGUGGACAAGGACAUUAGCCUUAAGGCGUUACAACCCCUGGCUUCAUAUUCCUGUAUCUGUUAUUGGGGAGACAUGCCGGUUUAAUCAAAAUUGUAGCCUGGGUUCAAACGCACAGCUUAGGGUUGAGUCUGCUACAAUAGUGACAAAAUUAACAAAAAAUAAAUAUUAUUUUUUAAAAUUUUGUAUUGGAAAAGCGGCUGCCCAUUGCGUCUGAGUAAUUGUUUUGUGAUUAAUAUAUAUAUUCACACUACAUAUUUACAUUUGUCUUUAUUUUUUUUAACUCCCUGACGGAUAGGGAUGCAGCCCAAUGAGAAUGUCAGAUUCCUCGGGCUGACUCACUUUGAAUUACAAUAUGAAGUAUUUAAGGCUAUGAACCGCUAGGAGAAAUGGUUAUUUUUUUUAUUUAGGUUUAACUACUUACCGUAGUUAUUUUGCAAUGUGAUAAAUAAAGGCAUGGAUCUUCAUGGUCGUUAAAAUAUAGCGGAUUUUGUCUCUCUAUAAUCUAUGCAAAAUGAUUUUAAUAGCGAAUAAUGGAGCCCAAAAAAAUAAAUUUUGCCUAAAAUAUGGUUUGUGUUUCGAUAUUGUUAACACAUUAGUCCAUGUAAGGUUUUGUUUGUUCUUGAAAUUUUAGUUUUUAUCGACAUUUAAAUAUAAUAUAAUAAUUAAUGUCUUUUAUCGUGCUUGUCCACUCUGUAUAUAAAAUACUGGUUCGAGAAACGAAAUGAUUAACUUAAUAUUAAAAUAAUUAGUUAGAUCACGCAAUUCCAAGUUUGCACCAUAACUUGUGCUUAGAUGAACAUCGAUACCGGUUUUCAGAGUAGCCCUACUGUUAGUAGUAUCGAAAAAAACCGGUUAUUUCGUAACCGAUAUCGGGUUAUAUAUCGUAUUUACAUAUAAUAUCCGUCUGGUUACGUCAAUUUAUAAUAUAGUAAUAUAAAAUCGUGAAUAAUUAAGCUUUUUAAAAAAAUAAAAAAGAUGGGAAGUUUUUUAACAUUGAAUAAGACGGAUUUUAAUAAGAUGUUUAAUGAUGCCCGUUACGUUUUGAACACUGUCACAAUUCAUAUUGGACAUUGUUAGACAGAUAUUGAUUGUAGAUUUUAGAUUGGCCUAAAAACGGUAAUUCAGUAUAAUUAUCGUUUUCAGAAAGUAUUAACGGUAUGACCCAUAAAUAUCUUAACAGACAAUUAAAUCCAGAAGGGGUUGAUUUUAUUAGACUAAGGGUCUGUCUCAGAAUGUAAUGAUAAGUUCUUCAUAAGUUCCAAAUAGGCUAUUUAUUACUUAUUGGUAGAAAUAACACUAUUUUUGCGUUUCAAGACAGAUAGCGCUAUUCGUCACAAAGUCCAUAAUAAGUUAUGAGUCCUAUGAAACGCGAAGUUUCUUAUUCGGAACUUUUAACUUCCAAAUAAUUUGUGUGUUGCAUAGCUAUUUGGUACUUUAUCCAUACAUUGUGAAACAGACCCUAAACACGGCAAAUGUGACGCUAACACAAAGCCCUAAGAUUCAUAAUUCUGAAAGCAUUUUAUUUAUAGCUGUUGGCGAAAUCUUCAUUACAUUUGGUCGAAUUAUGGCCAAUCACAAGCAAACGAAACACCAUCGUUUUACCGUUUUUUACUUAUGUAUUUUUACGUACAAUGAAAUGUAUCAUAUACGCUAAAAUAAACUAACUCGAAUAUAACAACUGUUCUAGCCUUGCAACUCACGAGUUGUUUUAUUUAUCAUUUAGUAAAGGUAGAAUUAAUCGGGCAAUAAUAUCUCGUUCGUUAAUAUCUAAUUAUUUUACUAUAGCUUAAAGGAAGAAUCCAAACCUCAAUAACCCCACCAUGUUUAACCCACCUUUUAAUUUACCGGUAAUUACCGAUAGGGUAAAUAAAUACCGGAACCGGUUAUUUACGAAUAUAAUAAAUCUAUCAUUCUUAUUGAAACAAAGUCGGUACAAAUUGCAAGUUUUUUAAUUUACUUUAAAGCUCAGCUGUCUCUUCACAACACAACGUAAAUCCAAUCAAACGGAAAGAGACGGAAGGGUUGUUAAAAUACUGCAAUUAAAUCGAUUUUGUUUUUAUAAAUGUUUAUUUAAAAAAUAAUAUUUUAUAAGUACAGUAAACCCUACGCCCCUAUAACGCGGUAGACCUCGACCGGUUUAAAGCAAAUCGCGUUGUAGGUCUAUCGUCGUAAAACAUUUUUAUUUGCAUAAUUCAAUAACUCUUAACAGAAAUUUAAUAAAGUUUUGUUUAAAUUUAUAACAACAAAAUUGAAAUGGACUUUUGACAUAUGAUUAUAAAUUUAACACAGAUAUAUAACUUGAGAAAUCUCCGCGUUAUAGAGGUAUUACUGUAUAUUUUCGCACAAGGUCGAACGAAGCCAUUAACAAGUUUAUAUUGAAUAUUAAUUAAUAUAGUUCGUUAUUACGUAUCUACAGUAAGUGUGUCUUAAUUAAUUUAAGAUAUUAAAUACGUCUGCAAAUAUAAUUUUUGAAAUCGUAAUGUUAAAAUAAGUGGCUGUUACGCGUUACAAUUAGAAUUAAUUGAAAAAUCGGUGCUUUUCACAUUAGUUGCCCGUCUGAAUGAAUUAAAAUGCCACUGAAUUGUCUUACCAAGGAAGGCGUAAAUGUCCCAAAUGAUCAAAUACCCGCACAACAAUUAAGCUACCAAGAUCUUGUGAUAGUUCCUUACGAAUCAAAGUCUCCGACAUAAUCUUCCAUUUCAACAUUUUUGUGAUAAAUUUUAUAUAAGUUAGCUAAGAUAUCUUUUGUCCCGAAAGCUUUGGAUAUCGUAUACAAUUAACAAUAUUACGAUUACAUAAACAGAAUGUAUAUAAAGGGAAAAUUCAGAAGCAGCUGAUUUUACUUUUAUGAAUUUUCCACAUAUUUCACUGCAUUGUGUGGUAUGUUGCAUAGUUGGCGUCCUAAUAAUACAUUUUUUUAAAUAUAUAAUUUAUGUAUACUCUCGACCCAUUAACUAAAUCAGUAUUUUAGUUCAAACAGUAACUGAAACAUUAACUUAUUUAGUUACAAAAGGCAGUGUAACUGAAAUGUCCAAAUUAGGCCGGUUAAUAUAUUUUUAGUCUCUUAUAGCGACGGCAAAGUAUUCUUUUACUAAUUAAGGUUUAUAAUAGGUUUAUUUUAAAGUGGAAUAUUGUCGUUAAAUGCUUUUCUUUAAAACUUUAGAUCCGCGGUUUUAGGUCGUUUGUUAGUUGUUUGUCUUAACAGCUGACGGGACAUUUUUUCAAAAUGUUAUAUAAAAUAAGUGCCUGGAGUGAUUUUUAUUUAGAUUCUAGAUAUAAAAAUACUUUUAAAUUGUAAAAAAAAUAUCCAGUAUGUACUCAUUACAUAAAGUUAGACAUAGGCAGCUUAAAUAUGUAUUUAUGUACAAGUGUAAAUCAUUGUAAACUUAGUCGGUAGUUUUAUAGAUUAAGAUACAGUGCCUUUUAAUCAUAUUUUAGGUACACAAGUUGUCACUUAGGGCUCUCCGUUAGUGGAUGAAGUAUUUUUAAUUUUUUUUUUAAUAACCCUUAUUAAUCUGUGGUGUUUUGACAUUUAUCAAUUCAGAUGGGUCAAUUUAGACUAAGAAAACCUCAAAUUUAUUAACUAUGUAACUGGUUUUCAUUUCUGUAUAUAUAAUUGAUGUAUGUAUAUAAUUUGCUGAUAAACUGGCAACUGUCGAAUGUUUUUGUUGAUGGUCUAAAUUGAACCACCCGUAUUUAAUCUAUUUAUGACUACUCCACUUGGUGGGGCGUCAAUAGUUAGUCGACCAUGGUACAAUAAUGUAGGGUGUAUAUCGCUGAAUUAUUGUACCAUGAGGAUACCGAUCUCAAGAAUUCUCUCUUCACAUGGUGUGUCGUGGUCAAAUCUGUGUGUUUGUUAAAAAAUUUAUAAACAUUGUCAUUGGUAUAGAUAUUUUGUAAGGCGUUUUAAUGUUUUUAAUAAAUAAAAUUGUAAUUUGAUUAGAAAUUUAAGUUCCGUAAUAUGUGUAAAUCAUAUCCGACCAAAAAUUGUUGAUUUGUCAUUUUUUGUUUGUAGAUUUGACCAAAGUUUGAAUGGGAGCUGUGAAUUAUGUUGUAUAUUGGCCUU